CUUAUUUUCAGCCCCGAAGGCAAAAAACUGGUGACCUUCCAAAGAACCCCUCGGAUGCAAACCUACCUGCUGGCCUUCCUAGUGUCGGAUUACACCGUGAAGCGUGACUUUGCCAACUACAUGAAGAAAAUAACCGUCCAAUCGAUGUCCCGUCCAACACAUGCUAGUCAACUGUCCUUCUCACUGGAUGCCUCCGUCAAGCUCAUUGAUGAACUGCAAAUGUACUUCGAUCAUCCGUAUGAGAUGAGCAAAAUCGAUAGCGUUGGCAUUCCAAACAACGACUUCGCUGCCGGCGCUAUGGAGAACUGGGGCCUGGUAACAUACCGAGAGUCGUACUUCCUAAUCACCGAGUCUUCCAACGACAACAGUCGGCGAUCCGUUUCUACCAUCAUCGCGCACGAGUUUGCCCACCAGUUUUUCGGCAAUCUGAUGGCACCCAAGUGGUGGUCUUACCUGUGGCUAAACGAAGGAUUUGCCACACUGUACGAGUAUUAUCUGGCUGAUCGAACGCAUCCGCAUUUGCUGAUCAAGCAACGCUUUUCCAGCGGAGCGCUACAGACCGCUCUUUCGGCAGAUGCCAGUGCAACCAUUCGAUCGAUGACUCACUACGUGGAGACGGUUCCGGAAACUAAUCGCCUCUUCGACCGGAUUGCAUACGAGAAAUCAGGAAGUGUUCUCAGAAUGAUGCAUUAUGCACUGGGUGAAGCGACAUUCGUUAAAGGCCUGAAGCACUACAUCAAACAGCAUCAAAACUCUGUUGUGGUGCCGCAGAAUCUCUUCGAUAGUCUUCAAAAAGCAGCGGCAGAAGAUGGAAUGCUGCCAGCAAAUGCAUCCAUGACAAUGAUCAUGGAAUCAUGGUCCAACCAGCCAGGUGCACCAGUCGUGACAAUUACCCGUCAGACUGGAACCGAUGAUGUGCUUUUCGAGCAGAAGCGGUUCUUUUCAACCACUCAAUCAACGGAGAAUAAUCAGACUUGGUGGAUUCCCAUUUUCAUGUACACCAACAGUAGUGGGGGUUGGUACGAGAAGAGUCCGCUGUUCUGGAUUCCCCAAGGAUCGAAGCAGGUGACCCACAAGAUUUCUAUCCAACAAGAUGACGUAUUUCUGAUUAAUCCAGCCCAAACUGGAUACUACCGUGUUAAUUAUGAUCAGCAGACGUGGAAUAAUAUUAUAGAUAGGUUGAGAUCAAAUCCAACGUCGUUUGAUGCCGUAAUCAGAGGACAGCUGAUCGACGAUUCCAUGAAUUUAGCCAAUGCCGGGCUGUUAAGCCAUGAUACGGCAUUCCAAAUCCUGGAUCAUCUCCGCAACAAUACGGACUUUUUCGCAUGGAAGUCUGCAUAUCGGAAUAUCCUGGAGCUGGAGAAAAUGUUAACAGUGGAUCCGGAAGCUCUGGAUCUGUUCCGGAAGUACCUUUUGGAGUUGAUAGACACUCUUUACGCAGACUAUGGUACCGAGAAGCGCAAACACCACCACACCAACGAUUACGACGCUCAACUGAUCGCGGUCGAUCUUGCGUGCCGUAUCGGUCAACAGGCAUGUCUGGAGCAAGCCAUGAGCAAAUUGAACGUCCUACAGCAGAGGACCACGUUGACAAUACGCUCGGAAGCCGAACAGAAGCUAUUCUGCCAUGCACUGCGAACGGCGAAAGGCGUCGACGUGGACAAGCUUACCGAAGCGUUCGAAGUAGAAGACGACGCGCGUAGUAGAAGGUACCUCAUGGAUUCGCUGGCUUGCGUCGGCAGUCGCGAAGAGCAGGAACGCGUAAUGGCGUUUUUGGUGGAGCAGAAUCAGAAGGUCGACCAAUUCUUAGAGGCUGUUGCUGAACAGAGCGGUAGUUGGAUCGUCUCGAUUUUCGAUCUUCUAUCACGAGAGCAGGCCCAUCUGGAUGAUAUUUUCGGCAGCAAACGAAGCAUGGAGAAGCUCUUGAACAAACUUGCCGAUCGGAUCGUUGAUCAACUGAAUGCCGAACGACUGCGCCAGAUGAUGAUGAUUUUGCCCGUUUCUUCGAGUUUUGCUGCGAACAUUAACAGUCGAGUGGAAGAGCAGAUUCGCUGGCAGGAGCACAAUUUGCCACUGGUGCGGCGAAUACUUCAGCAAUAUGCGCUGUAACUCUAAAUAUGCGGGCUGUGAGCUAAUUUACUAUCUCUUGAAGGCUGCAGCGACUGACAAACGCUGUGCUGAGUUAAGUGAAUAAAUCGGUUGAUGGUUAAAAGUAAAAUAUAUUUAAAAAAAUAUAA